AUGGCGAUGCGAAUCAUCAAGGAGGUAAUGACAAUACUGAUGCAGUUGAUUUGGAAGGUGGUGCAGCCUGAGGAAUUGAAGCUCGGAGACAAUAUCUACACAUAUGCAUUAUAUGGCCUAUACAGCCAUCAUGUGGGACCUAGAGACAAACUAAGUCCACGUGUCGGGCGAUGCAUUUUCAUGGGAUAUCCUAAUUUGAAGAAAGGGUAUCGGGUUCUUGACAUUUCCACAAAGGAAUUUCUGACAACUCUAGAUGAAAAUACAGGGAUGAUAACUUCUCCCCGUGGUGUCUUACCUGAUGAUGCAAUGCCUCAAGGUCCUACCUAUAUACCAAUAGCAAAAUCAAGGCAUAUUCCUCCCACUAAUUCAUUUCUUCCAGCACCAACAUCAACACCCGCUGAGAGGCCCAACUGCUCAGAAGAUAUUUUGGAAUCAAGACUCAAAGAUCCUAAUGGUAUUGAGGAAGAAUACGAUAAGGGUACAUCACAAAACGAUGAUCCCAUACUCAGAGAUCCAUCAAGGUAUCAAAGGCUUGUCGAGAAGCUCAUAUACCUGACCAUGACUAGACCUGAUAUCUCCUAUGCAGUACAGACACUUAGCCAGUUCAUGCACAGUCCAAAGCAAUCUCAUUUGGAAGCUGCAUUAAAGCUUGUGAAGUAUUUGAAGAAAUGUCCAGGACUGGGAAUACUUUUAUCCAAACGAUGUGACAUGAAGAUGAAGGCAUACUUUGAUGCUGAUUAUGCUACAUGUCCCACUAGUCGAAGAUCGGUCACUGGAUAUUGCAUCAAAUUAGGAGAUUCACUCCUCUCAUGGAAGACCAAGAAGCAGCCUACUGUAUCUUUGUCUUCGGCCGAAGCAAAGUAUCGAGCCAUGGCCAAAACCACUUGUUAG